AUGGCUGAUGUUGCCUACAUGGGCUACGUGCAAAUGGACCGAGCCGGCGAAGCGGAUAUCGUUACAAUGCAAGCCGGAGGUGGCGAUGUCGGCUUCUGGAACGUCGUCAACAACUGCGUCUUCCAUGAGCAGAACAAGAACUACGGGCCAGACUGGCCGGAUCCCAAUGGCGAAUGUGUCAGGUCCAUGGUUGACGCCCGUAUGCGCAUCAACACGGGGCUAAGAGGCUCUUUUCUGGACGCUGUAUGGGACAUCCUGAACUCUCCAGGCGUGCGGUACAAUCAGAACUUUCAUCUUUACAUCCUGGGCUACUCGUUGCUGUUUGCUGACGACGACGAGGCAACCUGGUGCAACACGGAGAGCUUUGUGGUCCCGUGGAGGCAGGAUUCUCGCCAGAAGCUUACUUUGGAACUCCGUAAGGAGCUCAACAGCCUUGUCGGGGCUGUGAACAGCCAACUCCAAACUUUAGCAGAGGGCUUCAACGACACGAGGAUCGGCUACAUCGACAUCAGCCACGUCUUUGACGGGGGACGGUUCUGUGAGUGCCAGCACAGCCUGCGGGACCAAUACCAAGGGUCGAGGGUCUUCCUCUGGAAUGCUAUACCCGAAGGUGUCAUCUUGGACAACGGGACCUACACUGUCCGAGCCCCAACAGCCCAGGAGUUUGACAUGUGGUACCAGUCUGGCAUGUUCACCUACGACUGGAACGAAGUCAUUGCGCCGGAGCAGAGAGUCCACACCGGUCCCUUCCAGAACGGCCAGUCUGGCCUUUCUUUGCGCCCCGUUCACCCCAAACAGGCUGGCCACGAGGCUAUAGCUCAAGCUGUCACGGCACGUUUCAAGAAAGACAUUAAUCUAGGUGACGAUUGUUGCGAUGGAUAA